AUGGAAAAAACCAAAGAGGAAGGAGAAAUGGAGGAGUCACAGAAUUAUGGGCACCAGCAUCCCCUGAUUCUUCUUUUGAAUCAAGAUCAGCUGCUGAUUGUAGCUAACUGCUCAAGGUGUGGCGAGAAGGUGUCAACCCCAUGUUUUAGCUGUGCCGAGGAUUGUGGGUUUUACCUUCACAAGGUAUGUGCUGAGGCACCUUUGGAGCUUAAUCAUCCUUUUCAUCCUCAUCAUCCUCUUCUUCUUAUGCAAAGGUCACAACAUUCUUUCGUGCUUUGCGAUUUCUGCAAUGAAAGAUGUGAGAAAUUCGCUUAUCACUGCUCUUGCAAUUUGGACUUUCAUAUUAAAUGUGCUUUAUUAACGCUUAAUAUCGCUGAGAAUAAUUUGAAAGAGCUUGAGCAUGUUGCCCUUCAAGAUCCAUCUAUUUCCACUGAAAUCGGUGAUUAUGUUGCAGUGUGCUUUGUGUGUUGGGAACCAUUAGCAAAUUAUACACAUUUUUCUCCUGAUUGUGGAUUUAAUUUACAUGAGAAAUGUGCUAAGCUUCCUCUCAAAUUGAAUUCUACGUACCAUUGCCAACACUCUCUUGUUUUACAAUUUAACAAUGAGAGACUUUCUUGCAAGAUAUGCAAAGCAAGUACCCAAAGAGGAUUUGUUUAUGGUUGUACAUAUUGUAAGCUUGUAUUUCACACAAUAUGUUUACCACCACCACUUGAUCUUGCUGUUGAAGACAAAAGCCAUCAACACACAUUCAUUCCACUUCUGAGACGAGUGCCGUACUUUUGUGAUGCGUGCGGUCUUGAAGGAAUUUACGUUGCCUAUAUAUGUUCUACAUGCAGCAUUAUGGUCCAUAGAAGGUGCACUACAUUGCCACGUAUCAUCAAAAGCAGUUGGCAUGAUCAUCACCUUUUUCACAAAUAUUUCCUUCCGGAUGAAUUUAGAAGUUCAGAUUGCACCAUUUGUCAUGAUGAAGCCAAUCCAGAGUAUGGUAGUUAUUGUUGUUCACAUUGCAAUGUUACAUUCCAUGUGCAUUGUGUGACAGAGGAUAAAAGCUCAUAUUCAAUAGUUUCACUAGAGAAUGAAGAUGAGAUGCCCAAUGAAAGUUUCAUCAGUGUUAUUGAGAGGAACGAUGCUGGAGAAGCUACAAAAAUAAAGCAUUUCAAGCAUAUGCAUAAUCUAAUGUUAAGUCCCUUUGUUGGAGGAUAUGAAAAUAGUUGCGAUGGGUCGUGUGCCGAGUUACCAAAGAUGAUGAAUGUUUGGCAUCAUAAUUGCCAAGAGCCUCUCGCCCUUAUUUCUGACAAAGCUUUUGAGUGUCAAUACUGUAAUAACAUAUCUACUGCCUUUGCUUAUGAAUGUUGUGGAUGUGAGGGAAAAAUAUGUCUCCGAUGUGUGAUUGCUCUUACUCCUGGUGCUCGAACAUGUUUGAGACAUGAACACCCCCUCUUUUUAUACAGAGACUACAAAGGCCAGUGCAAUGCUUGUGGUUAUACAACAAGUGGAUAUGGGGCAUUUUGUUGUAAGGAUUGCAAUUUUGUACUACAUCUUGAAUGUUUUUCACUUCCAAUUACAGCUCGUCACAAAUGCGAUGAGCAUCUUCUUUCACUCACUGAUCAUGAUGAUAACAGUUAUUCAAAAAGUUAUCAUUGUGAUAUCUGUGAAAAAAGUCGAGAUCCAAAUCGUUGGUUUUAUCAUUGUGCAACAUGUGAUACUUCUGGUCAUGUUGGUUGUGUUCUUGGAAGUUAUCCAUACCUCAAACUUGGGAGCAUCUAUGAAGAAACAGAUCAUCCACACCUACUUACCAUUGUGAAGAAGAAGUAUUACUACCCUGGUUGUGAUAAAUGUGGUGAGCCUUGUAAAGAUGUGGCUCUUGAAUGCUCAAAGUCGGAGUGUAAAUAUAUUGUCCACUGGAAUUGUGUAGCACCCGAUUCUCUACAGUCUUGGUCGGAAUGGCCCAUGUAG